GCCAGAAUAGACUUUCCACAGCCCAAACAUCUUGUUGUGUGGGAGACUGUAAUUACUCUGAGCAUUGCAAGACCAAUGAAGUUUAUCCACGUUUACAGCAAAUAAUUUGUCCUUACAUAUGUAAUGAGUGAACUUUAAUCAGAGCAUCCUGCUACUUGUAAGGAAGCUGUCAGAUGAAGAAUAGCUUAUCUUGCACCAAGCCACUUGCCAAAAGUGUUGUUGCUGAGUCACAGUUUCAGAAGCUGCAGCUACAGCUCAGAAAAACCUGUCCUUGUGAAAAGCUGGUGAAAACCCUGGAGAGCUUCAAAGGUGUAGAAUAUAUGUGCUUCUGAACUUCAGAAUAGAAGAGAGAGAACUCAUUGACAGACUUUUUAUGUAUGCAUGUUUUUUUCUUCCUCUCUCAGAAUUUAGGUAAAUACAGAGCAUCUAAAAUCAACAAAUGAAAUGUCAAAUCGGAAAGGGCACGUAUGUGAAAAAAGCAUUUCAGACAGGGUGUGGCUUGGAGCACUGUCUGUACCCACUGCCUGUCCAGUAAUACAGCAGCUCAGAUGUUGCUAUGAGGAAAAGAGUCAGCAAUGACUGAUGUGGAGCCCCUGGUGACAGACUUCGCAGCAUCGGGCAGGGCAGGCCGCCGCAAUGCCUUACCUGACAUCCUGGGCUCUCCUGCUGGUGCCGGGACCUCGGACUUGCCGCACAAACUGGCCGAGCUGUCUGUUUCUGAAGGUAAUGAAGGAGCAGAGGGUGGAGAAGUAUCAUCAUCCAAAGCCUUGCUGGAAAGUCAAGAGGCAGAGGGAAAGAGCAGCAAUUCCUGAUACCUGAGGACUGCUCGACUGAUGAAACCUGUCGACAGACUUUGCAGAGUUUCCCUGUUACCUAUUUUGAAGUGUGGUAGCAAUUGCAACAGCACAGGAAAGACUUUCGUGACACACUUAUAUGUAGAUGGCUUUAACAUGGAACUACUGUUUUUUCUGCUGUCGUUCAUCAGAAAAAAUGUUCUACACAUCCAAAUGGGAAGAGAACUAAAGAAUGUAUCUGUUCUGCUUCUUUUUUUUUUUCUUUUUUUUUUUUUUUUGUUUGUUUGCUUAAUGAUUACUUUAUUCACCCAAACUAAUCUUCUUCGGGAGUUUUAAUGAACAUAGAUAGCAGAUGUACCAGGUAAUGAUUACUUUAAAAUAAAAGUCCUAUUUCUUAAUUUUCUAAAAUAGCUUCUUUGUUACACAGAGGUGUAUUCACUCUCCUUUAAGAUAAUAAGUAUGUAUUAGAUUACAGACCCAAUCUGCAGUAUAUCUUCAGAGAUUUUUGUUCUCAUUAGGUAUAAGAAGAUGGAUGUGACAAAUAGGAAAACUAACUUUUUUCUCUCUUCUUCCUGACUUCAAAGCAUUUUGUUUAGCAUUUAAACUACCAGUGUUCAUUUUUUAAGUCUCUUUACACUCUAUUUAAUUAUGGCAGAUCAUCUCAUCUAUCCCACUCCUAGCAGUCUUGCUAUUUCUGUCAUUUCUGUUUUGAGGCUUAUUAUUGUAGCUGUUCAUGUAUAUCUGAAAAAAAAAAUAGCCAUGUUUGUAAGUGAUUAAAACUGUUCAUCUCACUAUGGAAAUUAAAUAGCUAUCAUAUUUUCUGUC